AUGUCUCCCUCCAAAGCAAAGUCCAGCUCUUCCCAGUAUGCGCCCCUUCCGCUAUACGUCGAUGGCGAGGGCUCCAGCGCAACUCUUGAGAAGCGCUCCUCCUCCGAGGACAAUCAAUCUGCCCCCUUGCUGGAAGCCUCGGAUAACCUCCCUGCCCUCGAGCCAUCAAAGCCCUCCCAGCUUCCCAAGCUCAUCAUCUACUUCUCCUUCGCCGUAGCGCUGCUAUCGGCUGUGAACAUCGCUCUCUUUCCUGCUACACUAUCCAAGUACCAAGCCUACCCUUUUUCUGACUCUGAACUCGAGGCCCUCCCCUAUGGCGACGCCAGGCUGGGAUUGGACCGGGUAGCGCAAUUCAUGCCCCCUUCUCGGGUCUAUCACCACGCUUGGCCGGAUAGAAUAGUACGGGCGAGCCGAAAAUUGAAGAAUGCCGUGUGGGGUCAGGGGGUGCAGGUCUAUGUUACUGUCGAGGUCCGUAUUUUCUACCGCUCUGUGUGCAGCUACUGA